AUGCCUGGCAUCGAUCCCCAGAUCAUCUACCAUCGCCUGCACGUCAACCCAGCUAUCAAGCCUGUAAUGCAGAAGAGACGCAACUUCACCCCCGAGCGGGUUGUCAUCAUUGAAACCGAGAUCGACAAGCUUCUAGCUGCGGGUUUUAUUGAAGAAGUCUCUUGCGCAAAAUGGCUAGUGAACGUUGUUCUAGUAGCAAAGAAAGAUAAAGGCAUGUGGAGAGUGUGCGUCGACUACACCAACCUCAACAAGGCAUGCCCUAAAGACAACUUUCCACUACCAAGAAUUGAUCAGCUCGUCGAUUCAACUUCUGGCAAUCAAUUACUAAGCUUCAUGGACGCUUACUCCGGCUACAACCAAAUCAUGAUGCAUGAAGACGACAAGGCAAAAACCUCCUUCAUCAUCGAAAGAGGUACAUAUUGCUACAAAGUCAUGCCCUUUGAGCUGAAGAACGCCGAAGCAACCUACCAAAGGCUGGUGAACAAAAUGUUCAAGGAGCAAAUCGGCAAGAGUAUGGAGGUCUACGUAGACGACAUGCUAGUCAAAGCUUCUAAGCGAGCAGACCACAUAGAGAACCUUGCCGAGACAUUCAGCCUACUCCAAAAAUACAACAUGAAGUUGAACCCGAACAAGUGCACAUUUGGAGUCUCGUCCGGCCGAUUCCUUGGAUACUUAGUCACCCAAAGAGGAAUUAAGGCACAUCCAAAUCAAAUCAAGGUUAUACUCAACAUGAAGUCACCUGCCACAACAAAUGAGAUACAAAUUCUAACAGGUGAAGACUUGUACAUCUACCUGGCGGUGUCCGACUCAGCUGCUAGCUCAACUCUCAUCCGAGAAGAGCUGGGGGCACAACAUCCGGUAUUCUACACUUCAAAAGCUCUCCUCGAUGCAGAGACUCUCUAUCCGAAAAUGGAGAAGCUCAUUUUUUCACUUGUGGUUUCUGCGAGAAAACUAAGGCCCUACUAUCAAGCACACUGGAUUAUUGCCAUAACAGAAUUUCCUUUGAGAUCGAUCCUUCACAGCCCCGACGCUUCUCAGCGACUCACGAAAUGGGCUAUCGAACUCAGUCAAUACGACCUCCUCUACCGACCGAAGAUUGCUAUAAAAGCCCAAGCUUUAGCAGAUUUUGUUGUAGAGUUUACUCCGACAGCCGAAGAAGAGAAGAUGGCCACGAAAAGCAAGGAAAAAACAGACGACACCUCCCCCACCGAUUUGAACCUACCUAACAACUUGUGGCAGUUGCAUGUAGACGGAGCAUCAAAUCAUAAAGGAGCGGGAGCAAGAGUCGUCAUAAUCACCCCAGACGGAACCUUGUUGGAACAAGCUAUCACACUAGGUUUUUUUGCUUCAAACAACGAGGCAGAAUAUGAGGCAUUGCUUACAGGACUACGCCUAGCAAAAGAACUGUCAAUCAAGAGAUUGGCCAUCUACUCAGACUCCCAGCUGAUCACGAAUCAAGACUCGGGCAAGUUUUUGAAUUCAAAGAAGGAGCAAGUUUCAAAGGACAUUCUAGAGACUUUCCGAAAAGUGCAAGUGAACAUUCCCUUGCUUGAUGCGAUCCAACAAAUUCCAAGCUAUGCAAAAUUCCUCAAAGACCUUUGUACAAAUAAGAGAAAGUUCAAGGAGCAUGAAACCGUGGCCUUGAGUGAAGAAGUCUCAGCUGUGCUAUUGCGUAAAUUGCCUCCUAAACUAAAGGAUCCAGGGAGUUUUACUAUACCUUGUCUCAUUGGAAAUCAAAGGUUUGAACAUGCUUUAUUAGACUUAGGUGCUUCAAUUAAUUUGAUGCCUUUUUCUGUUUUUGAAUCUUUAAAUUUAGGUGAGCUUAAGAAGACUUCCGUGAGCAUACAAUUGGCUGAUCGAUCAAUCAAGUAUCCUAAGGGAGUGCUGGAAGACGUUUUGGUCAAGGUGAAUGAGCUAAUUUUUCCAGCUGACUUUCUAGGUCUCGAGAUGGAGGAAGUUCCUAUUCCUGGAAAAGACCUUCCAUUGAUUCUAGGACGUCCAUUCAUGAGAACAGCAAGGACAAAAAUUGAUGUGUAUGAAGGCACUCUCACAAUGGCAUUCGAUGAGGAAACCGUGGAGUUUAAGGUAUUUGAUGCUUUAAAAUAUCCUAACGAUGAUCAUGCUUGUUUUUCCAUAGAUGUACUUGAACAAAUGGUACAAGAAACAUUUAGUGCAUCACAAGGAGAGACGCCAUUGGAGAGGGCACUCAUCCAAAGCCCCGAAACAGUGAAUAAAGAAGGGAACAUAGCCGUACUUGAAGCUGUGAAUAUACUUGAGGCCUUGCCUCCCCAAAGAGGUAAGUUUAACUCUAUUUUUGAGUCUCUUCCAUUAUCUACUAAUAAGCUUGUUCCCUCUAUUGUGAAGGCACCACAAGUUGAGCUAAAACCCCUUCCGGAGAACUUGAAAUAUGCAUAUUUAGGUGACAAAAAGACGCUGCCUGUGAUCAUUGCUUCUAAUUUGAGUGCAUCCGAAGAAGACAAACUAAUUCGAGUUCUAAGGGAGUACAAGACUGCCCUAGGUUGGACCAUUGCAGACAUCAGAGGAAUAAGCCCUACAAAGUGCAUGCAUAGGAUCCUUUUGGAAGGAGAAUCGAAACCCACAAGGGAAGCCCAAAGGAGGCUGAAUCCAGUGAUGAAAGAAGUCGUUAAGAAGGAAGUUUUGAAGCUUUUGGACGUGGGAAUUAUAUACCCCAUUUCGGAUAGCAAGUGGGUGAGUCCCGUCCAAGUUGUUCCCAAGAAAUCCGGAAUUACCGUUGUGAAGAAUGAAGACAAUGAGUUGGUGCCUCAAAGAAUUCAAACGGGUCACAUUAUCUCUUGUAGGGGAAUUGAAGUGGACAAGGCAAAAAUCGAUGUUGUGAAAAGCUUGCAGCCCCCAACAACUGUGAAGGAGAUUAGGUCAUUCCUAGGACAUGCAGGGUUCUAUAGGCGUUUCAUCAAGGACUUUUCAAAAAUAUCAAGGCCCCUAUGUCGAUUGCUUGGCAAAGAUGUGGAAUUCGAGUUUAAUGAAGCGUGCUUGGCUGCAUUUAACAAGCUUAAGGAGCUUUUAACAUCUGCCCCUGUUAUACAACCUCCAGAUUGGAAUUUUCCCUUUGAGUUGAUGUGUGACGCCUCGGAUUAUGCAGUGGGGGCUGUACUUGGACAAAAAGUGCACAACGUACCACAUGCCAUCUAUUAUGCCUCCCGGACUUUGAAUGAUGCUCAGUUGAAUUACUCAACUACGGAAAAGGAGUUGCUUGCUGUUAUUUUUGCUUUAGAGAAAUUUAGAUCAUAUCUUAUUGGCACUAAAGUAAUUGUAUUCUCUGAUCAUGCAGCGCUUAGGUACCUUUUCCAAAAGAAAGACGCCAAGCCAAGACUGAUUAGGUGGACUCUCUUGCUUCAAGAAUUCGAUUUGGUGAUUAGAGACAAGAAAGGGAGUGAAAACGUGGUGGCUGACCAUUUGAGUAGGCUGGUGCAAGGAUCCAAUGAAGAAGAGGACAUGCUUCCUCUAAGUGAAAGUUUCCCCGAUGAGCAACUCUUCACCCUCGAAGCCAAGGACCCUUGGUACGCUGACAUUAUCAAUUACAAGGCUUCAAAACUGAUUCCGGAGGAUCUCACUCGAGCUCAAAAGGAUAAGCUUGUCAAAACGAGUAAGUAUUAUGUUUGGGAUGAUCCAUACUUAUGGAAAUAUUGUCCAGAUCAGAUUGUUAGAAGGUGCGUGUCCGAAUCUGAAUUUAAUUCUAUACUUACCUUUUGUCAUUCAUCUGCAUGUGGUGGACAUUUUGGUCCUAAGAAAACAGCCCUUAAAGUAUUGCAAUGUGGUUUUUAUUGGCCAAGCUUGUUCAAAGAUGCAUAUACUUAUUGUUCCACAUGUGAUAGAUGUCAAAGAACCGGUAACAUCAGCUCUAGGAAUCAAAUGCCUUUAACGCCUAUUCUUAUUGUUGAAAUAUUUGAUGUGUGGGGUAUUGAUUUUAUGGGACCAUUCCCUUCCUCUUAUGGCUUUAUUUACAUUCUCCUUGCUGUUGACUAUGUCUCUAAAUGGGUGGAAGCAAUUCCUACCCGGACUAAUGAUUCAAAAGUUGUUUUGAGCUUUGUGAAGGAAAACAUCUUUUCUAGGUUUGGAACACCAAGAGCCAUUAUCAGUGAUGGAGGCACUCACUUUUGCAAUAGGUCAUUUGAGGCACUUUUAAAGCGGUAUGGAAUUACACAUAGGGUCUCGACACCUUAUCAUCCCCAAACAAGUGGACAAGUGGAGAUUAGUAACCGAGAAAUCAAGCAAAUCUUGGAGAAAACCGUGAGCCCUACGAGAAAGGAUUGGAGUUUGAGACUUAAUGAAGCAUUAUGGGCAUAUAGGACAGCUUACAAAACCCCCAUUGGUAUGUCUCCUUUUCGUUUGGUUUAUGGUAAAGCAUGUCACCUUCCGGUUGAGCUUGAACAUAGAGCAUUUUGGGCAAUCAAGAAAUUCAAUUUCGAUAUGAAAGAGGCUGGAGAUGCAAGGCGACUCCAAUUGAAUGAAUUGGAUGAGAUGAGGAAUGAUGCUUAUGAGAGUGCACGGAUUUACAAGGAAAAGACGAAGGCAUUUCAUGACAAAGCCAUUCAAAGGAAGACCUUUGAAAUAGGGCAGAAAGUCUUGCUCUUCAAUUCACGCCUCUGGCUAUUCCCAAGUAAGUCACGUUCUAGAUGGUACAGUCCUUUUGCUGUUAAUUGGGAGAAACAAAUUCUUACAUGA